AUGGCGUUUAUUCCAGGGACACUGGUUUGUUGUUUGUCUGUAUCACCGAUUGUUAUGCUCGGAUGUGUAAUAGUAUUUUCGUUGGUUUGGGCAUCUAGGAACCGGAAAUCGGCCUCCACGGCACCUGGUCCGUUUCCUUGGCCUCUUAUCGGAAAUUUGGCAAGUCUUGGUAAAAAGCCUCAUGAAUAUCUAACACAACUUCGAGCGAAGUAUGGAGAUGUGUUUCAAAUCACAAUGGGAAGUACUCCGACUAUAGUAUUGAAUGGUCUUAAAACGAUUCGGUCGGCCAUGAUUAAACAAGCCGAAGACUUUGCGGGUCGACCUGACUUUUAUUCCUUCAAAUUUAUAGCCAACGGUAACAGUAUGGGAUUUGGAGAUUUCGGACCUCGAUGGAAAAUGCAUCGCCGAAUUGCCCAAAACUCUCUGGCCCUUUUCACCAAUAAACGGAACAACCCAAUAGAAAUGGCCAUAGCGUCGGAGGCAGACGUACUAACCAGCAAUCUCAUAGCCUCCGAUGGCGCGCCGUUCAAUCCCCACAACGAGAUCUACCUGUCAGUUGGUAACAUUAUCUGUGCUCUGUGUUUCGGUAAACGUUACCAGCGGGACGAUGAGGAUUUCACUCAUUUAAUAAAAAUGAAUGAUGAAUUUAUGGCAUUCGCAGGUGCUGGCAACCCCGUCGACAUCAUGCCGUGGAUGAGACAUUUCACUAAAGGUUCGUUCAAAAAGUUUAUUGGUAUCUUGGACACCAUGAACAAAUUUAGCUUGAAGAAACGACAGGAACAUUUAGACACGUAUGACGCGUCUCAAAUGCGGGAUAUAACCGACGCCCUUAUCAAAGCAACCCACGAUAUCCCAGAGGAAGAAAAGGAGGCCGUCGGACUUACGAACGAGCACAUCCUAACAACGGUUCAAGAACUGAUUGGUGCAGGAUUCGACACCAUCGCCAGUAGUCUACAGUGGUCAGUGUUAUUCAUGGCCACGCAUCCGGAUGUUCAGGAAGCUGCGCACGCAGAAAUCCGAGAGAAAGUCGGUCUCCGGCAAAUUUCGUUUGACGAUAUAGAAAAUCUGCCAUACAUUGAGGCAUGUCUUUUCGAGACUAUGCGUCACUCAUGCAUCUUUCCCUUCGCAUUGCCACACAGCACAACCCGGGAUACUGUCCUUGACGGACAUUUCAUCAGAGCAAAUACUCUGGUAUUCGUCAAUCUGUGGUCUGUCAAUCGUGACCCGGAAGUGUUUAAUAACCCCAAUAAAUUUGACCCUUCAAGAUUUUUAGAUUCUCAAGGAAAUGUUGACAAGACCAUGACUGACAUGUUCCUUCCGUUCGGCGCAGGAAGACGAAAAUGUCCAGGAGAACAACUUGCAAGGAUGGAGCUGUUUAUGUUUUUCGCAUCAAUGAUUCAAAAAUGUUUAUUCAAAACGAUCCCCGGAAAAAAGCCCGUUAUUGACAGCAAAUACGGACUAACGCUUAAACCGCUGGACUUCCAGGUGGCCGUAUCUGUUAGACAAUAG